UUCAAAGGUCCAAAAUUCAUUUUAAUAGACUUUUGUAAUUACUUAGCUAAAUGCUUAUUUACUUCAUUGUAAAUUAAAUACUGCGAAGUUCUAGGGUUGGGAUUAGAUUACAAAUACUAACAUAUGAUUUUCACCAUGUGUUAGUAUUUGUAGCUCUUAUAAAUUUGGAGCACUUUAUUAAAUUAAUAUGUCAUUCAUACUGCAAUUUAUUUUAUCUAGGUAUUGUCUUGAAAAACAACAUAACCUUUGGUUAAAACAAAAGGUGGGGGAUGUAGUUCAUCACCAAGAUUUCACCGGAUGUCGGUUGGAAAGAUUGCUUCUGUAACAGAGGCUACAAUAUGUUAUAAUACAACUCAUCUUCGUGAUGGUAUAACUCCUUUAACAAAUUGGAGUCGGUCCAAUAGUGAUUGGACUAAACAGGGCCUAGCAAAAUUAUGGUUUACGAAAACAUUUUUAGAAAACAUUCGUCCACAACGUCCUCAAUUAUUGGUUCUGGAUGAGCACGAUUCUCACAACUUUAUUGAGCUAAUUAAUAUUGCUAUCCAGAACCAGAUACAUAUAGUUGAAAUGCCUUCACAUCAAACUGGCUUCAACCAUGCGACCGCGCCUUAUUCAAGCCACUGAAGGAUUAUUAUCGCUCUACAGUACAAGAUCUGAUGGGUCAGUUUCCAGGAAUUAUUACUUGUCAUUCAAAUUCUGCAGGGAUAUUUGCUUUAGCUUGGGAAAAAGCAAUGACUUCUAGCAACAUUACAUCUGGGUUUAAGUCGUGUGGAAUUUAUCCAUUUAAUCCUCAGGCUAUUCCUAGUGAUGCAUAUUUUCCUAACUAUCUAUACAUAGCUGAGGAUGUAUUAGUUAAUACAACUGAAAGCAAUUAUUCUUUGGAAUUCCGAUCAUCAAUUGUUCAAGAAGUUAAUUUUUCAGACGUUGAUGCUUUUAAAGAUGCUGGAAAAGUUGCCAAUUAUCUAGAACAAUUACAAAAUGGCACUGAAGAAGAUAACGCAACUCACAGUUCGUUACAAAGCAACACUUCUAUUUUGGAAGCAGAGACUGUUGUUCGUAAUAAUCAGCUUGCAUAUUUUGUCAAUCUAGUUGAAGAAAAAAAUGUUGUUUUACCAAUCUUACUGAGCAAAAAAAAAAAGGAAAUCUUAGAAGCAUUAAACUUUAAUUCUACUACAGUUUCAGAUUUUCCGUUUGCAAACUCUUCCUACCCCGGUGAUGGAGGUAAUGAUGUCUUAGCAUAUCCUAAGGCCAUCGCACGAAAAAAGAUAGCGAACAGAAAAGGUCAGCUUAAAUACUUCGUUUUAACUUCUCAAGAAGCAUACUCAGCAAAGCUGAAAUAUUACCAAGACAAAAUCCAACAGGAAAGAGAAAAAUGUGAAAGAAAACAACUGUGAUUUGUUAAUGCUGUUAAGAAAAAAAAGGUAUUGGUCGAGAAAAAAAAUUAGAAAAUCGUGCCAACAAGUCUAUAGCAACUACAAAAAAAAAAGUUCAUUUCAUUAUCAUCUGAAUUACAACCAUUGGUUGAUCCCAAGAACAAUACUGACAAAUAUGUACUAUAUAUUUGACAAUUUUUUUUUUAUAUAACU